ACCCAGUGAAGCUCAACUUCACAACCUCCAACACCCCUGCACAUCAACAAGAACCCUGUCUUAUCAUUUUUAGUCAUAAGGACUUAUCAUCUCUGCUUCUUUUUGAAUACAGCAGCUCAAAGGUCGUAUUCAUUGUCGCUGUGGGAAGCCGACGUUGGGGAAACAUGGAUUUAGAUGUUGAGCCCAAGGUGAAAGGGGACGGAGGCAGGCAGGAUGAGAAUGACCAUGAAAUGACAGAUGCGCCUGUCCAAGACGCCUCUGUUCCUCCAGAAGCACCUCCAGAAGCACCUCCAGCCGCGUCUCAAGCCGCAGUUUCAAACCAGACAGAUUCCAAAUUUGCUCCUCCUUCCACAGAUCCAGAUCAUCUCCCACCCAUCCACCAGAAACCAACAGACCCAGCCUCACCAACAGCCAACCCCAGCAACACCAUCCUGGAAACGACGGAGAAGCCUCCCGAACCGCAAAAGAUGGCUCCCAAGAAGAAGGGUACCGCUGCAAUCAAGAAGACGCCAAAGCGGCCCAAGGGCGGCGGCGGCACCAAGGCUGGCAGGCCGAAGAAGCAAGCCGACACCGUCUCCACGACAUCGUCGACCAACCUGCAGGAGGAGCCGGGCGGUGGCUCGGACGAGGAAUCUGACAACGGACCGUAUUGCAUCUGUCGCGGCCCCGACGACCACCGCUUCAUGAUCUCGUGCGACGUCUGCGAGGACUGGUUCCACGGGGAGUGCAUCAACAUUGCUAAGGACGUUGGUGAAAACCUCAUCGAGCGCUUCGUGUGUCCUAACUGCACCGACAUCGAGAACAACGUCGUUAGCCUGUUCAAGAAAAUAUGCUCCUACGGCAAGUGCGUCAAGGCCGCCCGUCUAUACGGCGAUGGCGAGAAGAGCGCCUUUUGCUCCGACGAGCACAAGCAGCUGUGGUGGGAGAAGGGCAUCGCCUCGCUGCCCAAGAAGUCCUUGGCUAAAAACACCCAGAACGGGCUGACCCAGGAGGAGCUCAUGGCUCUUUUGAACAGCGAUCUGGCCGCCGUCGAUCCGGACGAUGGCCAGUGGAGGGUCCAAACUCGUCCGUUCGCCCCCCCGGCCACUGGAGCCGAGAGUCCUGAGGCUAAGAGUAAGACUCUCGCGCCUGGCAUCCUGACUGAGGAGGAGGUCGACAUCCUCAAGGCCUCGGCCGCCGAGCGCUACAAGAUGGGCGAGGAGGUCGUCCUCUGCCAGAAGAUGCUGCAGCUGCUCGACUGGGCCAGCGACCGGCGCAAGUCUCUUAUCGCGUCCAAGCACUUUGACGACGCGGCGUGCGGUUACGAUGACCGCCUCGACCAAGUCGGCGUCGUCGGGCCCUUUGCCAACUGGCUCCACUCAGACGAGGCCAAAGAGAUCUUCAAGGUCGGCAGCCUCGACAUCGGCAGCCGACUGAGUGGCGAAGACAAGAACAUUUGCGACAAGAAGCGCUGCAAGGCGCACCAGGGCUGGUACUCGAUUCACACUAGGGACGUGCGAUACCAGAUGAAGCUGCUGGCCAUGGACGCAAACAAGAAGCUCGACAAGGAGCGCCUGAUCAAGCAGUCGGCCGCCGAGCGGAAGCUGAGGAAGGAGGCCGAGAAGAAUUACGUCCAGGCCGUCCUUCCCGAUGGCACUCUCGGACCACCCCGGUCUGCGUGAGAGUUUUCGAGGUUUCGUGGAGUUCUUGGUGUUGUGGCGACGGCGACAUUGGCGUUUUGAGGGAGGUUUUGGGAGUGGUGUUUCUGGCUUUGAGCUGUCGACUGCGAACCAUUUGAACCUUGCACGAGAAGCUCACUAUAUGAAUCCAUCGUUGCUGGAUGGCUCAAGUCGUGUGUGUCGUAUUCUGGAGGCCGCAUUCCGUGGUACGCGACCAAAAAAACCCGUCAUAUACGCAAUCAUAGACACACCUACUUCGACAAACCUCUCCCCCAUCCCAAUCUCUCUUUAUUUCUCAAACUCACGCAUAGCGUAUUGGCCUCUUGCCCAGUAAAACAUAUUCCCGGUACACGGGACAACUACCGGUUGCUAGGGCUAACUGUAAAUCGUUGAAAAAAACAGGACAGCGUCCAUCGCCAAUAUAAUGUAUCCUCGUAUACGACUGACAAGUCGAACCAGUAAUCAAACACCUUAAUAUGAUGUCUCCUGCCAGCAUGGUAUUUACAUCCUUCCCAACCCCUAAAGUCAUGUUGGC